AUGCCUUCCACUGCGAAGACACUGACAUUCUUAUCGAGCUUCUUCAUGAGCUUCGGGGCGUUCGUGGUGAUCUGCGUCAUCCUGGGGACCCCUAGCUGGGUCAGCAGCACCAUCGCCGUCAGCGACACCUUCUCCAACGGCAGCGUGGUCAUCACCUACGGGCUCUUCAGCGGGCAGAGCACGCAGCAGCUGGACCACGGGUUUGCGGAGCCGGACAAAUACUUUGAAGUUUCAGCGACACUGGGCCAGUCGGGCCCGAAGACGCUGCACUCGGUGGUGAUCCUGUGCCUGGUCCUCAGCCUGUGUGCGGCGCUGCUGAGCGCCGGCUUCACCUUCUACAACAGUGUCAGCAACCCCUACCAGACGUUCCUGGGGCCGCUGGGCGUGUACACCUGGAGCGGGCUCAGCGGCUCCCUGGCCCUCCUGGCCCUGGUGCUGUUUGUGGGGAACGUGCAGGCCAACGGGCUGUCGGAAGCGCUGGUCCAGGCGCUCUACGCGCGCUACCCGCUGGCCGGGCAGCACGGGGCGGCGCACCGCUACGGCAGCUCCUUCUGGCUGCUGCUGCUGGUCCUGCUGCUCAGCGCGCUCACCGCCGUCAACGUCGGCUUCUUCGAGCAGGCCCGGCGCCGGCGCCGGCAGGAGCAGCGGAAGCCGGUGGAGCAGGCGCCGCGGGACGGCAUCCUCUUCUGAGCGCGGCUCCUGGGCGGCCACUGGGCCUGGGCUGCGGGCGGCUCCCCCGCAGCGGCCCUGAGCCGGUCCGGACCACGGCCUGGCCACCGGCAGCCGGCUGACACCGAGCCCGGCUCUGGUCUCUCCGGACGCCACGUUCCUCACACGUGUUGCCCCCUUCCCACAAGGGCGGGCGAUGGAGGCGUAAGCUCUCUGGUCCGCGUGGUGGACAGCGCAGCCGGACGAUGGCGCGGGGGAGGGCCGUCCCGCCCGCCCUGCUGUCUGCGGUAAUAAAGGCUUGUGUCCCGCUUCCCCGAGGGGCUCAGCGCCUCAGCGCCCGCCAUGGCGGUCUGGUCGGGAUGGCCAGGUGCUUUAAUUCCCCUCAUGAAGGAAGACCUCCAUGCCAGAGGGACACGGACUCGCCUUUCCAGACCCCAUGCUGGAGGCAGAAGGAGAUCCAGGGGCGAAGGACCUGGCCCCUGGCCCCUGGGUCCUGCCAUGACAGACCCAGCGGGAGGCAGAAGAGCUGAUACGCAUGUGGGGGUUCCAAGGUGGGGAAGAGAUUAGAAAGUGAAAAUAUAAAUGAGAGGAUCUUUACCCUGCAGCCUAAAGGAGGCUCAAUGUCAAUUCUAUACUAAUAAAAGGGUAAUAUGC